AUGACACCCAUUCUAAAAUCUAAAAAGGUAGAAAAAUACACCAGCUGCUUUCUUUCUUCCUUUAUUCUUCUUUCUUCCCGUAUCAUUUUACCUCCGAAAUGGUACUUUCUUUUUCUUCUUCCCUUCCUUUCUUUUGUUCACUUCUUUCUUUUUAUCUUUCUCUUCUUCCUUUUCUUUUUUCCUUUACCUUUUCUUUCUUUCUUUCUCUGUCUUUUCUUUUUCUUUUCUUUCUUUUUUCUUCGUUCCUUCUCUUUUCUUAGUUCUUUUUUCUUUUUUUGUUUUUAUUUUCUUUCUCUUCCUUCUUUGUUUUCUUUAAUUCCUCUCCUUCCUUUCUUUUUCUUUCCUUCUCUAUUCUUUCAUUUUUCUUCUUUCAUUUUUCGUUUUUUCCAUUUUUCUUUCUUCUCUCUUUCUUUUUCUUUCUUUUUUACCUUAUUUCUAUUUUCCCUUUCUUUCCCUUCUCACUUUCUUUCUUUUUUUAUCUUUUUCUUUCUUUUUUCUUUCUUUUUCUUUUCAGUUCCUUCUACCUUUUUUGUCGUUCUACUUUCUUCCUUUAAAGAGUCUUCUAGAUAUGUUUGUCUUUAA